UAAAAAUAAGAUAAGAUAUUCAAAAUAAAAACAAAACAAAAAUGUUAAAGGGUUAAAUUUGGAACAGCAGUCCGUGAAUUACUAUAUUGCCAUAAAAUUGUCUUAAGUGCAGUAUCGCUAUCUCUGUGCCGGGGUGAGUAUACAUAUGUAUCACAUGUAUCACAAAAUAUUCUCCUUAUUUCACUGAAAACUAAACACAAAACAAAACAAAAAAAAAUACAAGAUUUUUUUAUAAAAUCUAUUUUCUUUAACUUAACUCAUUUGGCUAUUACUGAAUAAUACUAAUAUUUUUUUUGAAAUAAUAUAUUAACAUAACAACACCCGUCUGUAAUUAGAUGCUUUAUAAAUGCCGGAUCAGUAAAGGAAAAACAGUACACGAGAAGCUCACACACCCGAAACACAAAAACACGAGAAAAUAUGACCACCAAUAGUUUAUCUGAGACUGACUCUAUUAAUUGUGAUCAGUGUAAUGCCAGUUAUAAUUCUGUGAAAAUUAAACCUGUUUAUGAUAAGGAUGGAAUUGUGUGUGGCCAUAGAUGUGAUUAUUGUCGAAUGGAAAAUGUUCAAAAUGCACGUAGAUGCGAACUAACGAAAUGUGAGCAAACAUUUGGAAAGGUACUAAACCUUAGAAUCAUUCCUGCUAAAUUUUAUGAUUUACCAGAUGGCAAAGCUAAAAAUGACAUCAUCACUCAAUUUGGACUUACAAAAGAUACAAAAGCCUGCUGUAACACCUGUUAUCUUAGGAUUAGCAGGGCAGUACAAAAGUCAAAAAUAUUUACUGCCUACCAAAAGGAACAGUUAGAAAUCAGUGUGGCAAAGGAAUCAUUGAAAAACGAUAGUUCUAACCAAAAUACCAGCAAUGUAACAGGGAACAAGUCGGACCUUCUAGGGGACAAAAUUUGUUACUCAGGUCCCCAAUUCAGAAGAAAAGAAGGAAUGAUUCCCUUUUGGCUAAAAUCAAAACAAUCUGAUGAUAAGAAAAAGGAUAACACUCUGGCUGAAGAAAAAUGUUUUAAAUCAAGUAAGGAUUACGAUCAAAGUGAUUAUACAGAAGAAAGCUUUUUUUAUGAUCAAAAAUACGAGACUGAAGACAAUGAUAAUUUCUCACAUGAUGACACUUAUAGACCGCCUACAGACUGCCAUAUUAAACCAAUGACUAGUCCACCCAAAACAAGAUCAAGAAGAGUUAAAAAGCCAGUUCGUUACACACAGGAUGCCUCAAAUUUUGUUGUUAAUGAGGAUAGUGAAUAUAACAAUAUUGAAGAGGACCAGGAGCACGAGCCCAAAAGAUUGGUGUGUACUACAGACAUGAAUGAGUCAUAUGAAAAGGAGGAAACAAAAGAUAUGAAUAUUACAGAGCCAGUCAAUACUAAAAAUGUUCAGCUUCAAGUCAAUGAAAAUGAACUUGAUGAAACAGCAAUGCCAUCACAAAUCCUAUCAGAUGUUGCAUCAUGUAAACAUUGCCACCAAGUUUGUAAUUCUGAUGAUGUAAACAAUACACAGAACAGUAGUAUGGAACCUGAAUGCAGUGACUGUCAAUCCACAAAGCCAAUUGUAUUAUCUUGUGUUGUUCGAGGAUGCACAACUCCUCCGGAUGAAGUGAAGUUGCAGGUCUUACCUGCUGGAUAUUUCUCACUAUUACGAAUACAUAAAAGAACAAUAUCACUCAAAUUUGGUUUAAAGAAGUAUGUAAAGACCUGCUGUACACGUUGUUUCACGUUGAUCAACGAAGCUGUAAACGAAUGCAGUGAAAUGGGAGACUUAUCCUACACCAUAUGUGGCUCAUGCGAGCACAUCAUACCAGAAAGCUCCUUGGUGAAAUGCAAAAACAAAAACGGCAAGCUGAUCAAUGUUGGUUGUUAUAAAUGUUGCCAGGACGGGUUGACCACGAACUCCGGGUCACCGCAAUCAAGUAUGAAAAAAUUAGAUUUUAUAAAACCACCACGAAAACACAACAGAGGUGGUAACAGGGUGUCGGCAGAACUUGCAACUUUUUUAAAGGAUUUCGAUAAAACUGGUAAAGAAAUCACUGGAUUUCUGGCAGAUUUAAAAUUAAAUAAGUCAGCCAGAUACAACAUUUGUCAUGUCAGCGGUUGUACAUCGCAGGGUGAAACAGCAUGGUUGUAUCCUUACGGUGCCAUCAUUAAAUCGACUUCCAAAGCGGUUGCCAUGGAACUGCUGCGUGUGUUUCGAUUAUCAGAAGGUAGUGACGUAUAUUGCUGUCGCGACUGUUUCACUCAGCUGAAAUGGUACGCUGCGUUUUUGAGCAAUGAGAUUAAAUCAGUGGAACCAAAAGAGACACCAAGUUUACAGGCUCUUAAAAGGAAUGCGCGGAUUUUACCAAAACCGACAAUUCUUGUGCCCGUUUCGAUAGCGCAAAAUGUCGGCCAAUUGAGAUUAACGACCAGUACUACCAUGCCUGCCAUCAGAAUUUACCAACAACAGAACUCCUUCGUGACAACACAACCGGCAGCCCUGUGCGUCACAAGCCAACCCACAACAGCCUUUGGCGUCACGACUAAACCAGCGACUGUGCAGCCUGUCCCAGACAUUCAAAUCAGCAACGUGCAUUCUGUAGAAAAACAAAACGACCAUAACAACAUCACUAAAACAAUGCCAAUUGUUUCUGUAAGUCAAAGCAGGACGGUUUCUUCGCUGGCAUCUAAAAGCAGUCCAAAAUAUCCACAGGUGGCGUCGGUGUUUUCAUUUACUCCGCCAGCGUCAGGGUCUAGAUUUCAAGCUAUUAGGUUACCCGAUGACGUCCUGCUGUCGUAUCCAGUAAAUGUUACAACAUCCACCAACUCGCCGCAACGUAGUCUACAACCAGUACCUCUUGUUACAACUCCCCAACAGCUUCUAAAUUCCCAAAAUCCAAUCCUGUUGACUGCCAGACCUAUUCAGCAUUGUCUGAAUGUCAUACCUUCGCCUGUCAGCGCAAGUCAACAACAAGCAAGUAUUAACUUGCAGAAGAUGACAACAACAACUCCACCUGUACGAUCUCAGACAGCUGCUUGUAACAUGAUGUACAACAAGGCGACACUUACAGAUGCACAGCCCGUCAUGUUGGACAAAGUGUGCCAAACUGGACUUAUUUACAUAAGCGAUUCGAAAGAUCAGUGUUCAAGCACAAGAUUGAAACAGCCGUACAACGAGGUCACUGAUGCGAAACUGAAGAAAGCUGUACGCAAGGAGUCAAAAGAGAUGUUUGAUGUCUUUCUUGAUAAACUGAACGAAUUAAGUUUGGGCUGUGGUUUGGAGUUGUUAAAAGAAUUUACGCAUCCAAAGGAGGUUCUUCACACGCAACACUUGAUGACCAUGUUAGAAGACUACGGCAAUUUAUACAGACGAACUUAUCGCCACAACAAACAAGAGCGAUUACGAAUACUCAGCAGUGUGGCUGGAUACGCAUCCAAUGAACUGUUAAGGAAAUAUUUCCAACACUACACUGCUAAAGGCGACUUGGUUAGUGUGAAUGAGGACGAGAUUAAAAGGGCUCGUGAUUACUCCAACCUGUUUGGUCCUGGAAUUGUCCUUCCGAAUGUUGAGCUAAAAUCAGGUCAACUUCUGUCAAAUAACACAAGUAGUGCGUCUCUCACAUCCAUCACCACCGACACAUUAGUGACGUCAGGUUCUCCUUCGCAGAUGCCCAUUCUUGUAACGAAAUGUUUAAGAACCGCAUCUAAUGUUGGGCCGUCAUUAAAUGAUGUGUCUUUAAAAGACGAGAGUAAUAAAAAACGUAUUGAGGUGAUCACGAUUGAUGAUCCGGAUGACCCAGAGGAUCAGGAAAUUAACAGUGUAGGGAAUUCAAUAUUUUCAGACGUGAACGAGACUAAAACCCAACCUCGUGCAUCCAAUAACGUAGCCGUUUCUAAUGAAGACGUUGUACCGAAGAAAUUUAAUGGCUUACCUGGAUACUUUCUCACCCCUCGCAGUAAAAUGUGGAUAAAUCCGAUAACAGAGACAAAGCUUGUGGAAAAAAUACCGACAAUAGAAAGAGAAGAAGAAGAAAAAAUAAAGUGCGAGAAUUUUCAAGUGGAGGAGAUCGAUGUUCUACCUUUGGAUUACGAUGAGUAUCCAGAUCGCGCACUCUCCCCCGUAUUUGACUUAAUAAGAUCUACGAGUAAGUGCUUAGCCCCCGUUGCGGUUUGUUCAAAAUUCAGUCCAGGGGUAACUGAUUUGUCUGGAAAAACGAUAAGUAAUAAAUCAGUUUCCGAUAAUCCGAUUUUUGAUUCCGAUAAUCAGUCAAACAAGGUUAUUCAGCGCAACCUUGAAGCGCAAAAUGAAGCCGUCGAAGUUAAAGUCAAAAGGAAGCGGACAAGGUUUAGUCACGAAGAACGAGAAAAGUUGGAGGGAUUUUAUAUGGAAGGUGUUCUACAUGGGAAGAAGAGAAAGACGUCAGAAAUGAGCGCAAUUUUAAAUAUCGACUGUAAGACCAUUCGAACGUGGUUUCGAAAUCGUGGCUGCAAAGCGCGUAAAGAAAAAUUUGAACAGAGUUUAAAAAAAGCCAGUGUUGUGGCGAACGAGACAUCUUUGCCGGAUCCCUGCAUACUCGAGCAAAACAGUUUAGAGGAGCCAAUGGAUUGCUCUGAUGCAAAUAACACAAGCGAAAAUGAACUGGAUCAGGGCGAUACGUGCUCGUCGCAAAUAUCUAUCGAAACUUGCAGUCAUAUUCCGAAGCUUUUCAUGCCAGCCUUGCGUACAGUUGACAAUACAGCCGAGGACGCUGUAUCGCCAAGAACAACCACUGAGUUCGUCAGUACAACUGAGAUAGAAGCAUACAAGGAAUCCAAAACUUUGUAUGUCAGCUCUGAAUCUGAUGUAGACAAAACUGAUGAGUGUAAUUCUAAACUUUCAAACGUCACUGGAGUGGCGACGGACAUCACUGGAGUGGUGACGGAUGUCGCUAGAGUGACGACGGACGUCGUUAGAGUGACGACGGACGUAGCUGAAACGACGACGGACCUCACUGGGGUAGCGACAGACGUCACGGAAAAACUUCCGCUUUUGGAAUGUGCUUUCGAUUCUUCGUUUACAGCCAAACAGACACGUAGGCUGCAUCCAGGUCAUGUUCCAACGGAGCCCCCAUUAUUAACACCGUCUCCGGAUAUCUUUCGUAAACGUUACCAAGAAAGUUGUCAAACAGAUGUGACGGUAGCCGAUUCAGUGCAAAACUAAUACGUUUUUGUGCAGUUUUUUGUACGUCUUUUGCCAUAGUUCUGUUGUGUUAAAAAUACAUUUUAUAUGAAAUAUUUAUAUAUUGAGAAGUGAAAAUUAAGGGACUGUUUACAUGAGACUAUAAGUGAACUUAAACCAGAUUUAGUCACUUUUUCCUCCACGGUCUGUUCUGUAAGGCUGUUUACUUGAGUUUUUAUCACUUUAGGCGAAGUAAAAUUCACUUUUGGAGGUAUUUUACUUCAGAAAAUUCACCGAAAUAAAAUUUUAAACCGGUGCGAGAUUUUUAUGUAAACGCUACCAUCCUGAAGUAAGAACUAUCAAUCAAUUCUUUUUUUUUAUAAGCGGAUAUUGGUGAGUGCGCAUGCUUAAAAGAGGAAAUACAAAAAUAUUCAGUGUGGAAUUUCACUACUCCUUGGCUUCAUUCCGGUCUCGUGUAAACGCGGCCUUAACGAAUUAUUUUCCUUUUUAUAGCUGCGUCAAACUCGCGGAAAAGAUUCCCCGUUAGUGUUCUCUGGGCGAAGUCAGAAUUUCUAGUCUUGUUUUAAACCCCUAUAUAAUCUUUACAAAGCUUAACGAAACUUGUUGUUUGUGUAAAUUUUUACAUAAUUAAGAUCUUCAAUUUAUAUUUGGAUAUAUAUUUAUAUUUAUUUCUUAAACCAGUUUUUCUUACCAAAAAAAAAGAAAAUUAUUUUGAA